AAUAUCUAUAAAUAUUGAAGACACCUAUGUAUAGGGAUGGGUAGAAAAGGUUUUUAGAUAUAUAGUGGCUUGUGUCAUUCUUGUACGUUUAUUGAAAAGUAUCCACACUUCUGUGUAAAUGAAAAACUCGAGAUGAGUAGAUAUAUUUUUAUACUAGGCCUUUUCUUUACUGCGAAUGCUCAGACGCCAAGUAAUUGCCCCGGUGAGUGUCGAAUUAAUGUGCCGAGCACAUCGGUUUGCAUUGUACAAAAGGACCCAGAGCAAUGUCUUAAGAUUAAAGAAUGUACACUAAAUGAAAUGAAUUGUGCGCGCUGGCGACAAAAUAUACCAUUGCUGAGCAGAUCGAAAAUUGAGCGUUGCUCUCUCAUCAAGGGUGCCACUGGCAGCGCACGUUGUACCACCGGCAAGAAUUGCCUGGCUAUAAAAUGUGACAACGAUAAGGUGAACCGCUGUCAAAAGGUCGGCAAGCAAUGUCGAUUGCUAACGAACUGCGAAGCACGAAAGGAAAACUGUCUUCGUGCGCCGAAUAAUCAACUGAGAGCCGUUGGCAAUCUAGCUUGUCUAGGUCUCAAACGUACCGAUGGCUUCAAACCAUGCAAGCCGCUGAAAAAGACAAGGACGAAGAAAAAGAAGAAAAGCAGAGUCAAAAAACUUCUCAGAGGUUAACAGCCCGAGCUCGCGUCUCUCGAUUUUUAUAGCUGUAUAUUGUAAAAAUAUCGAAAUAAAUAAAAGUGAAGAAAUAUAGA